AUGGCUUUUUUAAAAAUUGAAUUAAAACAAAUUCAAAGCAAUCAAUUGGUCAUUUUGAAUCAUUUAGAGUCUUUACAGUUACAAUUGGAAGAUCAACCUUGGACCUCUAACAAACAUUUUCCAGUCAGUCAGUUAAAUGAUUGUCCAUUACCAAUAGACAACAAUACAGACUUACAAACUUUUGAAGAGAAAAUUGCUGGUGAUAAUGAAUUUAGAACAUGUUUGGUUAAGGAACUUACAUAUAUAGGUGGGAAACGUUUCAAGGCAAUGGUGCGCAGAAUAAUGUACAAAUUAUGUACAGAUGAGUUGCUACAACACUAUUCUUACAAUGGAAAAAAAGGAAAAACUCCAUUUUGUUCUUUGAGCAUUUGUAGUGUUAUAUUUGAUGCUGUAAAAAAACAAGGAAAGUUUAAACAUGUAUGUCAAGAUGAAAUAGAAGAAAUCAUUAAAUAUAUUUUGGUUCAAGCUCCAUUUACUAUCAAAAGACACAUAAAAAAGAAAAUCACUAAAUAA